GCCAUAAACCCACUGCAACAAAGCAGAACGUGCUAGCCGGUGAGAGCCUGCGCGAGGAUGGCAAACCUCACGGCCACCGGUCUCCUGGUCGCGUUCCUCUUCGUCGCCGCGGUUGCCAUCGCGGACGGCCGGAGCCUCUCCGUCGCACACGAGAAGUUCCACGGAGACGGAGCUGCAGCUGACCAUCACUAUGUGGCGCCGGAGCACGCGACGACGCCGCUCCCGCUGAUCUGCACCGGGGUGCACGGGGUGGAGGCCGGCGAGACCUGCGACUCCAUCGCCCGGCGCUUCCACGCGGGGCUGGGCCGCGCGCCUUUCUUCCGCCUCGUCUCCCUCAACCCGAACAUCAACUGCCGGGAGCUCUUCGUCGGCCAGUGGGUGUGCAUCCAGGGCCUGCUCCCCGUUUGAUUCGCCCCACGGCGCGCCGCGACUCCCGACUGCCGUGCUGCAGCUUGCCACGAAUAAAGCGGUGAUACACCUUUCGGACAGAAAAAAAAAAGAGAGAGAGAAUAAAGACAUGGGCUGCCGGCGCCUGCCCAUGCUGCCAUGCAUACAUGGUCAUGCGCGUGUGUACUACAUAUGCAUCUCAAAAUAGAGAGGUGUUCUAAAGUUGUUCUUGUGUGAUGAUUAAGGAGACCUGGUUGUGUUAAGUCUA